ACUUUGAGUCAAGUCGUUUCAAAACUAUUAGGUAUAUUCGCUUUAUUCUCACAACAUCCUAUUAAGUAGAAACCAUUAACAUUACUAAUAAGUACAAUUAAUAUGACUAGUCCCAAUUUACUCUUCGCUGAAUUAUGCGUAACUUCAAACUUCCCGUCUCAAUGGCUUAAGCCGGAACAACUUCCACCUCCGCCAGCUUCGGCCGGUUUUCCGCACGACUUCGGCCCACGCAGCGCAACCAAUCGCGCCCGCUGGGGUGAGCGACGUCACUCUCCUAAAGGUCCAGGCCAAUUUCCAUACUUCUCUUCUGCGCCCCGCCCCUUUACUAUUUGUUAGAGGCGACAGCGGCCAUUUUAGGUUCGGGCGGAUAUCAAAUUAAAACUGCGCGUCUAAAGACCUAAAAAUUGAAAUCAAGACAAACUUGCAAGUUCAACUUAAACGCCAAGGAAGGAAACAGCUUCCCAGACAGACCAGGCCGCUGGGAGCAGGGAGUCAAGCCGCGACCGGCCCCCGCGCCCAGACGCAAGAUGGCUUCGGCCUGAGAGUCACCUAUGCGGCCGCUCUAUCUCGGUUCCGGGUUCGUUCACCUCAGUGGUGGCGUCGGAGGGCUGGAGGCUGGCGUUCUGUCCGGUUUCCGGACCCAUCUCUAUGGUGUCGGAGGGAGCAUACCCCCCGAAGAUUGUGGGUGUAGUGGUCACAGCCUCACGGGGUAGGCGAGGGUGGUUGGUGUCAACAGGGGGCGAAGAGGGGACCGGAGCCAAGACCCUCGGCCGCCUCCCCGCCGCCCUCCCGCAGUCUUUCCCUGCUUGUUACGGGGCGCCCUUCGGAUCUGGGCUUCGUGGGUGACCCCCGCCCGGCGCGUUGCUGGCUGCCGGACCUAGCGAAGAAAGCCGCGGAGCCGGGCCUCCCGGGCAGGUGUGGAAGGUGGCCCAGAAAUGUGAUGUGCUGCCCAAGUAAGCAAAAGGAUGGAGGAAGAUUGGUGAACCAGUUUUUAAAGAGAAGACCUUGAUGCCUAUUCAACUCUGCUUGGCUUUGUGGAGGAGCUACAGCACCGCCUCACUGCGUAAGGGAUGGGAUCAGAGAGCAGUGCUUUGAAGAGCUACGCGCUGAAGGAGCCACCUUUCACCUUACCCUCCGGACUUGCCGUGUACCCCGCUGUUCUGCAGGAUGGCAGAUGUGCUUCUGUCUUCGUGUAUAAGAGAGAAAAUGAAGACAAAGUUAACAAAGCUGCCAAGCAUUUGAAGACACUUCGUCACCCUUGCUUGCUAAGAUUUUUAUCUUGCACUGUGGAGGCAGCUGGGAUUCAUCUGGUCACUGAGCGCGUGCAGCCUUUGGAGGUGGCUUUAGAAACGCUGUCUUCUGCAGAGGUCUGUGCCGGGAUCUAUGACAUACUGCUGGCUCUCAUCUUCCUUCAUGACCGAGGACACCUAACACACAACAAUGUCUGCUUAUCAUCUGUGUUUGUGAGUGAAGAUGGGCACUGGAAGCUGGGAGGAAUGGAAACCGUCUGUAAAGUUCCUCAGGCCACGCCCGAGUUUCUGAGGAGUAUUCAGUCAGUCAGAGACCCAGCAUCCAUCCCUCCUGAAGAGAUGUCUCCAGAAUUCACAACCCUGCCUGAGUCACACGGACAUGCCCGGGACGCCUAUGCGUUUGGGACAUUGGUGGAAAGUUUGCUCACAAUCUUAAGUGAACAGGUUUCAGCGGAUGUUCUCUCCAGCUUUCAACAGACCUUGCACUCAACCUUGCUGAAUCCCAUUCCAAAAUGUCGGCCAGCGCUCUGCACCUUACUGUCCCAUGACUUCUUCAGGAAUGAUUUUCUAGAAGUUGUGAAUUUCUUGAAAAGUUUAACAUUGAAGAGUGAAGAGGAAAAAACUGAAUUUUUCAAAUUCCUGCUGGACAGAGUCAGCUGCUUGUCAGAGGAGUUAAUAGCCUCACGGUUGGUGCCUCUUCUGCUUAAUCAGUUGGUGUUUGCAGAGCCGGUAGCGGUUAAGAGUUUUCUUCCUCAUCUGCUUGGCCCCAAAAAAGACAGCGCGCGGGGAGACACCCCUUGCCUGCUGUCGCCGGCCCUGUUCCAGUCGCGGGUGAUCCCUGUGCUGCUUCAGCUGUUUGAGGUGCACGAGGAGCACGUGCGGAUGGUGCUGCUGUCUCACCUGGAGGCCUACGUGGAGCACUUCACUCAGGAGCAGCUGAAGAAAAUCAUCUUGCCACAGGUGUUACUGGGCUUGCGUGAUACCAGCGAUUCCAUUGUGGCAAUUACUCUUCACAGCCUAGCAGUGCUGGUGUCUUUGCUUGGACCAGAGGUGGUUGUGGGAGGAGAAAGAACCAAGAUCUUCAAACGCACUGCCCCAAGUUUUACGAAAACGGUCAACCUUUCCCCAGAAGAUUCUCCCCCGCAUGUCGUCUGUAGCCAGCAGAGUCAGAUGGCGCCAAUCGUGGAGAACCCCUCCUCUGGCACAUUCCCUAAAUGUUUCUUUUCUGGCAGCAUGCCCGUCAGCAAGAAGCACAUACAGCAAGAUUGCUACAAUACUCUUUUACAGACAGGUCAUCAAUUUCCUCAGCCUAUUAAAUUUCCCAUGAAUGGGCUCUCAGAUGUGAAAAAUACCCCGGGAGAUAGUGAGAACUUCCCACCAAGUUCUAAAAAGUCUGAGGAGUGGCCUGACUGGAGUGAGCCUGAGGAGCCUGAAAACAAAGCUGUCAGCAUCCAGAUUUGUCCCACAGAAGCCUACCAUACCUCCACAUCCCCACUCACUAACGUGAACACGGAGGAGGUGGUGUGGGAUGACUUUGAACCCAGCAGCUUAGAUACUGAAAUAAGUGCAAGAGGUGGAGUCUCAGCUGUUAGCCGGGGUACCUCAGGGGAACAGGAGGCUAUUCCUACUUUGGUUUCACUCACUGAAGAGUCCAAACCUUUGAAAUUGAGUCUACCCCAAAAGACCAAUCUUGCACAAAGUGGGGAUGACCCAGACCAAACCAAGCCACCAAAAGUGUCAUCCCAAGAAAGGCGCCUUAAGGCUCCAUCAGAACUUGGUUUAGGAGAGGAGUUUACCAUUCAAGUAAAAAAGAAGCCGGUACAAGAUCCAGAGUUGGACUGGUUUGCUGAUAUGAUUCCAGAAAUUAAGCCUUCAGCUGCUAUUCUUAUUUUGCCUGAACUGAGGACAGAAAUGAUGGUUUCUGACAAGGAUGACAUCUCACCAGUGAUGCAGUUUUCCUCAAAAUUUGCUGCAGCAGAGAUGACUGAGGGAGAGUCUGAAGGCUGGGGAGACGAAGGGGAGCUGAACUGGGAAGAUAAUAACUGGUGACAACGGGUAUAACUCUAGGGAAAAGGAUUUCUUUAAAAAAAAAAAAAUCAAACUAAUACCUCAAAGUGGGCUCUGCAGACAAGAAAACCCAGAAGCAUCUGUUUUUCACAUCUGUGCCAACUGAAGCUCGAGCCCCCGAGUGCUGGCUGGUGCCCCGGCAGCGAAGAGCCCCAGCGCUGGUUUUGUGGAGGAGGAGCCCUUGUGCGUCUGACAGGCCAGUUUCUGUGAAGAGCAAGUAGCUAUGGAAAGGUUGAAUUUACUGCUUUUUUCCAGGACAAUUCCAGAAGAAAAUAAAUACAAAAAUUCAAGCUGA